AUGUCAAAAAAGAUUUUGAUUGAUCAUCAUCCGACCAACACUAUUGAAUAGCAAAUUCAAGCAUAAAUGAGUGCAAUGAUGAAAAAGUCUGUAGAUGCACUCUUUAUUUCAAAAGAGAUGAUUGACAUGCUCUUAAACUCCUUUGAACAUGAAUUGUUUAUGCAGGAAUGCUUGAAAAAGGUAUUGCCAUUUACUUGCUAUCAUGCUUGUGAAACAGCCAUGAGACUUUCUAACCCAAUUUUGAUUCCUUAUGACCCAAGGCUGGACGAUUGUAUCCUUUAACAUGAGGAUAUCGAAGAACCUGAGGGAUUAGGUUUAGAUCCAUUAAUGCCAGGCUAUGUUUAAUUGAGAAAACCCUUAGACAGAGCCUUUGCUUAGGAAUUUAAUACUAUUGAUGCCACUGGGUUAAAGUCUAUUGGCUCACCUAGAAGGUCUGUUAUCAUGGGCAAAAAGACUUCGUAAUUUAUAUCAUCAUCUAAUUCAUGCAAAUAUAGUAUAAGUUUGGAUAAAAAGUCUCUCAAAAAGUUUAGUAUUCCCAAAAAUAUUAUAGAACAGGAUGUUGUGCCUAGACAGUAACUUUUGGAUCUCUAAAGAAGCAUUGAAACAGAAGAAGUUGUCAGGGCCAGAUUCAUACUAGACAAGUAAUUAGCUAGAAGGAAAGUAGAAUAAGAUGAAAAACAGAGGGAAAUCGAUUUGAAAUUGAAAUAUGAGAAAAAUAAAAACUCUUUAACAGUCAGGGCUAGUAAUGAUGGGAAUAUAACGUUUGAUUUUGAUGGCAAUCCUAUCUAAGUAAAGCAAAUCAAUCCUAAUAAACUGAAGGUCUUAGAGUAGGAUCAGGAACUCAUGACUUUCAAGAUGAUUGAGUAACAGUAACAGCCAGUGCAGAAGAAGUAAAUUAAAUUGCCAAAAACCUAAAAUAAUCUCGAGAUCAAAAAGGAAAAAUCAACUAUUGAACUGCCUGACGACAUAAUGCAGGAGUAGAGAAUUAAAAUAUCCACUUUGGCCCCAGUAUAUCAUCAAGAGCCAUUUAAGGUGAUCAAGCCAUAAUAUGGUGUAUCCUUAAUUCAAGAGUAGUCUCCAUCUGUAAUGAGUAAUAAUAGUAAGCGUGAUAAUAACUUCUCAGUUGGCAAUUACUAGGACAACCCAAGCAUUAAGGGGAAAUAAAUGACUAGAUAAGAUUACAACUCUGUGAAAAGCUAGGGUUAUCAACUUACUAAUCUAAACAAAUCACAGCUAAUAGAUACACUUGAUUAUUCAAUGGAUGAAGAAUUAAAACAUUUAAAGUUAGAUGUAUCUUAUGCUCGCUUAGCUAACGUCAAUGACACCUUCUUUACCGAUACGGCAAGAAAGCAAACAUCCAAGAAUCUUACUAUAAAUAGUGAAGAGCGAGUUAGCACUAAAUUUAGAAUAAACAAAAAUACUGUUGACUAAGUGGGUCAUCAGAUCAAGACCUAGAACUAAUAAUCUAGAAUGCUUCUGAUAGAUGAUAACACUGCCAAUAAUACACUCCACAAUACUUCAUUAAAUGUCCAGUUCAACACAAAUUUAAUAGGGGAAUUCAGAAAUCAAUAAAGCAACAAAAGCCUUCAUUAUGUUUCUGGAUUGUAACUGCCUAAAAUUAGGACAAAGAGGGCAGGUGGCAGAGACACUUCUAUGUCCUUGCCUUAAUCUCUAAAUCAAUCUCUAGUUCUGAAGGAAUCAAAGAAGAGACCAGAUUACUUAUCAAAAAUAAGAACUACCUAGAAUCAGUCAGUCUUGUAUGAUAAUGUUAUUGUUUAAAAGAUUGAUGAUGUAACUGGCGAUAAACUUAACAACAGUUUCAUUCAAGGAUCCUCGAAUCAACAAGGCCUGAUUAACCAAAGGAAUGAUUCAUUCAUUAUAAAUUCAAAUGAAAAACUCCCCAAAUUGAGGUAUCCCAUUCCAAAGGUUAAGGACAACUUCGUCUAAGAUAUGUAACAAAUUUUCAAUCAAAAGGAUAGGUUCAAUCAAGCUAUUAUCAAUAGUAAGAAACGACAGAGACUCCUACCUCAGAAAUAACAGGAGUAACAAACUUACGAUCAGAUCUACAAGUUUGUAUGA